AUGGCGAACGCCAUUAUGGAAAUGGCAAACACAAUUCCUUCAAAUUUAAAUGGUGUGGCAGGCACUAGGGAUGGAAAACGCCAUAUACUAGGUGACAAACGCCAUCUGGACAGAAUGGCUGCUCCACGCGUGAGACAAUACAUGGUUUGCCUUACUACUUUGUUGAUAUCCAAAUUGGAUCCAAUAAAGUAUAUCUUUGAAAAUCCUAUUGUCACUAGUAGAAUUGCUCGUUGGAAAAUGUUCUUAAUGGAGUACGAUAUCCAAUAUGUGACCCAAAAAGCUAUAAAGGGGAGUGUUAUAUCUGACAAUCUUACUCACCAACCUAUGGAAGGCCCCAAAGAAGGCCCCGAACCAGGAUUGCGAUGGGAGCUAAUGUUCGAUGGCGUUUCUAAUGCUCGAGGUCAUGGCAUAGGCGCAAUCAUUACUUCUCCAACUGGCUUCCACCUUCCAUUUACCGCUAGAUUAUGCUUUGACUACACUAACAAUAUGGCAGAAUAUGAAGCAUGCGUCUAUGGUAUAGAGGUGACCAUUGACUUAAGAAUCAAAAUUCUUGAAGUGUACGGAGAUUCCGCUCUGGUAAUCAGUCAUGUUAAGGGUGACUGUGAGACUCAUGAUAGUAAAUUGAUUCCUUACAACGAGCAUAUUACAAAGUUGAUUCCCUACUUUGAUGAAAUCUCUUUUCAUCAUAUUCCUAGGGAGGAAAAUCAGUUGGCAUAUGCUCUAGCCACGUUGGCAUCCAUGUUUAAGGUCAAAUGGAAGAAUGAAACACCUGCUACCAAUAUUGACGACCUGGAUGAACCAUCACAUUUUCUAGCGACCGAGGUAGAUUAUAAUGAUAAACCUUGGUUCUAUGACAUAAAUACAUAUCUGAAAAAAUAG